CCUUGAUGAUAUGAUUUGUGGGAAGCUCCUGAUGUAUUUUCCCGCCACGCCGUCCAAAUUGUAACCUUUGACCCGAAGUUCCCGCCAGCCUCCAGUAAAACCCGCCACUUUGAACACUGCUUCGUCUUUGAAGAUCUCCGAAUUACAGGCUAAACUAUGGUGAUCACACGGUACUACCAGACCCCGGCCCUGAAUCCAGGGGCACACCAGGUCACGUGUAAGAAGCUACAGACAGUUCUGGGCUCCAAGCAGAUCCAGGCAGUGACCACGGAGAACUGUUUCAACAUCUGUGUGGACGGUGGGAAGGACCUGACGGCCGAGGAGCAGAAGAAACUGUUGUGGGUUGUCACCACUCCGUUCGAGGGGGAGAGGACAAGUAGGGAGUCCUUCCUAGGCAGGGAUGGGGAGAAGGGACUGCUGAUCGAGAUUGGACCAAGAUUGAAUUUCUCGACCGCCUUCUCCACCAACGCCGUCUCCAUCUGCCACGCUGUGGGGCUAAACCAGAUCUCGCGCAUCGAGGUGUUCCGACGCUUCCUCAUCCAGUCAGCUGACUCGGCACCAAUCACGGCAGAGGAGGAGAGGAGGAUGCUGGGAGUGCUCCAUGACAGGAUGACGGAGUGCCGUUAUACGGAGCCCGUCUCGAGUUUCAAGCUGGACGUGAAACCCGACCCGUGGUACGAGGUGGAUGUGAUGGACGGAGGGAAGGAGGCACUGAUGAAGGCAAACACUGAGCUGGGUCUGGCCUUUGAUGACUGGGACCUGGAGUAUUACACCAAGAUGUUCCGAGACCAGCUAGGGAGGAACCCCACAAGUGUGGAGUGUUUUGACUUGGCUCAGUCUAACAGUGAGCACAGUCGUCACUGGUUCUUCAAAGGCCGGAUGGUUAUAGAUGGGAAGGAGCAUGAGGACUCGCUCUUCAAAAUGGUGAUGAAGACUCAGGAACACAGCAACGACAACAACGUCAUCAAGUUCAGCGACAACAGCAGUGCCAUCCAGGGUUACCAGGUGCCAGUCCUCUGCCCAGGCCAGCCAGCUGUCUCCAGUAGCUUCCAGGACAAGUCGGCGCUGAGACAUGUCAUCUUCACAGCAGAGACACACAACUUUCCUACAGGUGUGGCUCCGUUCCCAGGUGCGACCACAGGUACAGGUGGCAGGAUCCGUGAUGUCCAGGCGGCAGGGAGGGGCGCUCACGUGGUGGCAGGGACGGCAGGAUACAGCUUCGGCAACCUGUCUAUACCAGGUUAUGACCUUCCGUGGGAGGACAAGACCUUUGAGUAUCCUAGCAACAUGGCCAAGCCCGUCGACAUCUGCAUAGAGGCCAGUAACGGCGCCUCAGACUACGGGAACAAGUUCGGGGAACCCGUACUGGCUGGGUUCGCUAGGUCGUUUGGAAUGAGACUUGCAGAUGGAGAACGUAAAGAAUGGGUGAAACCAAUCAUGUUCAGCGGGGGGAUAGGUCAACUGGAGGGGAGUCACAUCAACAAGGACCAGCCCACUGUCGGUAUGGAGGUGGUUAAGUUAGGCGGUCCCGUGUACCGGAUUGGGGUGGGCGGUGGUGCCGCCUCGUCAGUCAUCGCAGGAGAGAACAAGGAGGAGCUUGACUUCGGAGCGGUCCAGCGGGGGGAUGCAGAGAUGGAGCAGAAGCUGAACCGCGUGAUCCGUGCCUGCAUAGAGAUGGUGGAGGAUAACCCCAUCAGGAGCAUCCACGACCAGGGGGCUGGGGGCAAUGGUAAUGUGCUGAAGGAGAUUGUGGAGCCGGCCGGAGCUGUGAUCCGUACGGGGGAGUUCCAGUUGGGCGACCCGACUAUCAACGUGAUGGAACUGUGGGGGGCAGAGUAUCAGGAAAGCAACGCCAUCUUGGUCAAGUCCGCAGACUCUGGCGUGCUGAGGGACAUCUGUACCAGGGAGAAGUGUCCUGUCUCAUUCGUCGGGGAGGUCACAGGAGACGGAAAGAUUGUCCUGGAGGAGUCUGAGGCAGACUGCCCCGGGGAGGAGAAGCCAGCAAAGCGACAGCGGGAGGGGAGGAGACCCGUGGACCUGGACCUGGAGUGUGUGCUCGGGUCAAUGCCCAGGAAGACAUUCAACUUUGACACCAUCACCCCAAACCUGACGCCCCUGACCCUGCCUGAUGGGCUGAGCGUGCGAGCAGCGUUGGAGCGUGUGCUCCGUCUGCCGUCUGUGGCCAGCAAGAGGUACCUCACAAACAAGGUUGACAGGUCUGUGACAGGCCUGGUCGCCCAGCAACAGUGCGUCGGCCCCCUCCACACUCCGCUGGCUGACGUCGCCGUCACCGCACUCUCGCACUUCGGCACGGUCGGCUCGGCAACAGCGAUAGGGGAACAGCCAAUCAAAGGGCUGCUGGAUCCGGCCGCGGGGGCCAGGAUGUCCGUCGGAGAGGCGCUCACAAAUCUGGUGUUCGCCAGGGUCACUGACCUCAAGGAUGUGAAGUGCAGUGGGAACUGGAUGUGGCCUGCAAAGCUGCCGGGAGAAGGUGCUGCCCUGUUCCACGCCUGCCGUGCCAUGUGUGAUGUCAUGCAGGAGCUGGGUGUGGCCGUGGACGGGGGGAAGGACUCCCUCAGUAUGGCUGCUAAGGUGGGCCAGGAAACUGUCAAGUCUCCAGGCACCCUGGUUGUCUCUGUGUACGCUGCCUGUCCCGACAUCACUGCAACAGUCACCCCUGACCUCAAAUGCCCUGGGGGCAAAGGUGCGCUGCUUUAUGUCGACCUGAGCGGAGGGAGACACCGCCUAGGCGGUACAGCCCUGGCGCAGUGCUACAACCAGCUGGGGGACCAGUCACCCGAUCUGGACAAGCCUCAACGUCUGGUGCAGGGAUUUAACAUCACGCAGAAACUCAUAGAAGAGGGUCUCCUGACGGCAGGCCAUGAUGUGAGUGACGGGGGCCUGGUCACAUGUCUGCUGGAGAUGGCCUUCGCUGGGAACUAUGGGAUGGACGUCAACAUCACUGCAGACAACAAAGCCAGCCCAGUGGACGUGCUGUUUGCAGAGGAGCUAGGGUUGGUGUUGGAGACAACUGUGGAGCAGGCUGACGCUGUGGCGGCCAGGUACACACAGGCGGGCGUCUCCUGCCAGCGCAUCGGACACUCGCUAGGGGAAGGCACAGAGGCUCAGGUGAAAAUCUCUGUGAAUGGCACAGAAGUUCUGAGCGACAAAAUGGCGGCCCUCCGUGACGUCUGGGAGGAGACUAGCUUCCAGCUGGAGAGGCUGCAGACCAACCCCCAGUGUGUGGCCGAGGAGGAGGCUGGGCUCCGGGCUAGGAAGGCUCCGCCCUACAAGCUGACCUUUGACCCAUCAGACACGCCCCAGCCGCAGGUUUCCGUCAACGGGUCAGCCGACUCAUCACAAGACGCCCGCCCGAAGGUUGCAGUGAUCAGAGAAGAGGGGAGUAACGGAGACCGUGAGAUGGUGUCGGCUUUCCACAUGGCGGGAUUCGAGGUGUGGGACGUCAACAUGCAGGACCUGUGCUCCGGCAAGGUCACCUUGGACGGGUUCCGCGGGGUUGUGUUCGUGGGAGGGUUCAGCUACGCCGACGUCAUGGGGUCUGCUAAAGGCUGGGCGGCCACUCUGAUGUUUAACCCAACCGUCCGAGCCCAGUUCAGUGCCUUCAGGGCCCGCAGCGACACCUUCAGCCUGGGGGUCUGUAAUGGAUGUCAGCUGAUGGGUCUGCUGGGUUGGGUGGCUCCGCACCACGGACAGGUCAUCCCUGAUGGUUCAGGUGUGUUUCUGGCCUACAACGUGUCGGAGCGCUUCGAGUCCCGCUUUGUUACCGUGGCAAUCGAGGAGAGCCCCGCCCUGAUGCUGAAGGGGAUGGAGGGGUCGACCUUGGGGAUCUGGGUCGCGCAUGGGGAAGGUCGGAUGCUGUUCAAGACUGAUGCCAUCAGGUCAGAGGUCGAGCAGAACCACCUCACGCCUCUGCGCUACGUUGAUGAUGACGGAAAGCCUACCACGGCGUACCCCCUCAACCCCAACGGAUCGCCCAACGGCCUGGCCGCACUGUGCUCGCCCGACGGCCGCCAUCUUGCCAUGAUGCCCCACCCCGAGCGCUGCACGCUCACCUGGCAGUGGCCGUGGAUGCCGCAAGACUGGCAUCAGUCAAUGAAGACAUCACCAUGGUUACGGAUGUUCCAAAAUGCCUAUGUGUGGUGUAUGGAGAAUCAAUAGAUAUUGACAAUUAGAGAAUUGAAAAAAAUUGUUCUUGAAUGUUACUGUCACUGGCCUGUGAGGAAAAUGCACAUUUAUUAGAUACAUGUUUAUGUACCUCCUUUGGAAACUUUACUAUUAAAAAGUGUAUUUAUCUUAUUGUAUGUGAAAGAAGCCUAAACACUCAGUAUAACAGGCUACAAGAUGGAUAAAGUCUUUGGAGAAAUUUGCUAUGGCUAAUCUAUUUGGUUGCGAAUUGAUGAUGAUUUGGACCAACUUUUUGGCACUUAGAAGGAACAGAAAAUUGGCUACUUCUGGUAAAACCAAUGGCCAAAACUUGAUCAUCUCUAAAAGGAUUUUUGCUGAUUUAAAUAAACAUAAAAGUAAACCAUGUUUGGACCUAGAGGCACCGCAUAUGAUUUUUGAUAGCAGUUUGACUGUAGUAAAUGGUGUAUUGUAAUCCUGAUGCUACAAGGUAUGGCUUGAAUUUGUGGGAAAUUGCAAGGCUGGGCUGGCUAUCAGAAUAAAGAUAUUUACAUUGAUAAA